AUGGAGCAGGACCCCGACUCUGGCCCUCCAGACACGAGCGCCCAUCAUCAUACCAUCACAACCGCUCUCGCACCGAGUGCUGGUAGCCCUCCAGCACCCGACUCCCCUGCCGGCGCACAAGACCGCUCGCAUACUGACACGCACCUCCUGCACCCCGAAAUACUCUUCGCCCACGCACCCUCGCCAGCCGACGCCGCCACCGCCCUCCACGAUCAGUCCCCCCCCGCAGAGCCCGCUGCCUCUGCCUCUGCCUCCGCUUCUAAUCCCUUGCUCGCUGCUGCCUCGGCGUCCCAUCUCGCCCACGAUGCUCUCCCCGUCACUCCUAUAGAUCCCGACGAUUUCUACAAGUCCUACCGGCUGACCGUUGGCGCCUCUGCCUCCGCUCCAGCCCUCUCUCCAGCCGACGUAGCCGCUCCGCCCUCAUCCACCUCGCCGGCCAUGACAUCCGCGCUCGCUCACCAGCCGAUCCUCCCCAACGGCAGCAACACUGCAGGCGUUCCAAGCCACGCCGAUGGCCUCGUCGCACAGCCAUCUCGCGGCCCUAGCUUGCAGCAUGGUACACAGUCCAUCUCGGGUCCAAUUGUGAGACCCAAGGGUGGUCCUAGUGUCAAGGAUCUCAAGAAGAGAUUUGAUGAAAAGGGUGCUGCCUUAACCACCCCCAGUACGUCUGCUCGGACUGCUCCUUCAACCUCACGGCAGCGCCGUGGCCUUACCGAAUCCUCUAUCGCAUCUCGCAACGGCCUCGUCGUAUCCAAGGCUCACAAACCGCCCGCGGCCAACGGUCUUGCCGACGCCUCUCGGAGUCAGAUGGCUUCGACGCGGUCCUUUAGCAGUAACCAGUCGUUUGCUAGUCGAAUCAACAGCUCCGGCACCGCCAGCACGCCAUCUUCUCUGCCCCAGCUGUCCCGAAAACCACACGCCCAGCAGCGGCCUGGCCAGUUUUCGGGCCUUCUCUUUGGCGAGGUUGCUCCAGAGCAACGAGGUUCUAUGACGGCUGGAUUUGGAAUUGACGAGAUUCGCCCCCGAAGGACCUCAGAUUCCAGCAUCCACACAAAAUCGACGUUUCACAGCAUACCGGAUCAAGAUCAGGAUGUAGAUUUGUCGUCACUCCCGAGUUCGUACGCCAGUGCUGCAACACACCACCCCUCGACCAGCGAGUCACUAGUCAGCGGCAAUCAGAGUCCACGCACACGAUCACAAAGCGACACCUCAUCCCGCGGCUCCUCCUACAGAACCCCGACUGCGUUGCGAACAGGCUCACACAAUCUACCAACCUCUCAUUCCGCCUCGAAAUUGCCUGUCGCAGUACGACGACUCCAUAGCCCAACGAGUAGCUCAGGCGAUAACACGCCUUCGCGUGGAACGUCACCUGCAAACCUUCGCCGCCCGCCUUCUGCCGGCCCUCAGCCCUCGAGAAUUACUCCUCCACCCUCUCGAUCCAAGACACCGACUUCAUUAAAUAAAACGCCAACGCCAGCGGUGAGGGAGCGAAGACCGCCACCACCAAGCCUUAAUAAUUCUGCGAAUGGCAGCAGCAGAAGACUACGGUCCAAGUCGAUUACACCCCCGAAACUUUCACCCACGCUGCGAAGCUCGAGGCCACGCCAGCCGCUAAACAACACAUCCAAUAAAUCCAAGGACCCUGGGACAACCAAAUCUGCCCGCUCCAAGGGCAAGGAACCAGCACCGAGGCGAAGAAAAAUAUCCGCAGGCCCAAUCGACUUUGAACAAAGACGAGAGCAUAUUCGCUUAGCAUAUAGUAAAUCCAUCCGAGAAUCUCAAGCUUUGGAAGCAAAGCAACAGGCUGCGGCUCAGUCCAAGAGAGUCGACCAAGGCGCGGCCGCAAGAACAGCUGACGAUUACGCCGACAUUCCUCCCGUACCGCAAAUACCCCGCGAUGCUAUCGAUCGAGCCGUCGCUACCGCCAGUGAAGCUGCUCCAGCACCUGUGGUAUCGACCGAGUUGACAGCAUACUCUGUACCAUUAACGAUAUCACCAGAAAUUGCCAACUCUACUUCCGUGACUGUGGAGGACUCGCCCACGCUCGGAGUCCCAGGCAGCUACCCUCCAACUAGUCCUCCGAUGCCGCAAACCAGCAAACGGGCCUCGAUAGCGUCUGCUGCGUCUGAAGCUACCGAGUUCGACGAAGAAGCACAGACUACACCAGCAGCUGCUGCUCAGCAUGCUCCGGACGUGCCGGUUACUGUCGUGAAGCCCCCGAGCCCUAACCCAGCUGCGUCCGACCUCGCUGAGACCAGUUACCAAUACACGUUCUCACAAGACCGAGAUUCUCAGCAGCAAGCGCAAGAGCAUUCACAAUUCAUGGUCCAGCAUGAUGGCUCAGAUUUGUCAUCUUCAUCUACGCCUUUCCAAGGUCAUGUUACGUCUUCCCUGAUGACGUCGCAUUCACACCUGCAACAGCUGGGCUCAACAGGACUGUUUCCAAGGCUGGAUCAUGGCGAAGAGUCUGACUGCCUGUCCGAGGUAGAAGGACGUCAUGGUAUGCAUCAAGCUGCCUAUCCCCGCUCAGAGGCAGCGACGACAGACGCAUGCACCGAAGACACCGACGACCAUGAUCGAUACGAACUCGCAUCCGACUUCAGAUAUGGCGAGCAGUUGGAUUCCAAGAGAGCAUCAACGUGCGCCUCGUCCGACGUGAGCGGAUUUGAUGAUCUGCAGCAGUAUGCAUCAGAACGUGGCUCAUACCCUGUGUCUGGUACUCUCGGGUUGCCGUCACCAAGAUUCCGCCCGGACCGCGCGAGUCAUCAAUCCGCAUGGACAGACUUUUCUGUUGAUAGCUCAAGACAGCUCGACACUACUGGGUCAGGAAUCUUUAUGAGUAGCCCGACCUCCACCCAUUAUCCGGCCCCGUUCUCGUCCGCCACUAGUCCUCGUCAUGAAUCAUUCCAAGGAGUCUCGACCUCGAUAUCCGAGAAGCAACUGCCGCCAACACCGGUCAACCACCAGCUCCCUGAACUUGACACCGGUGAAGGUUUCUCGAUACCCUACCUGUCGCCUGAGCCGAGCCACAGUCUGUCAUUUCUUCCCUCACCACCCGCACACGAACCGCCACCUGUUCCGAAAUCUACGUCCGGCUCCGCACUUCACUCUAGGAACUCGAGUGCGAUAUAUGAGCCCUCUCAAUCUACUAGCACCCUUCUCAACUCCGAAAGGAAUAGCGAGGUUUAUAUGACAUACGCCAACACGCCUCAAUCGGUCGACACUACCUCUUUCGACACAGCUGACAAUGACUCCAGCAAAAUUGGCGGGACCGAUAGUGAUGGCAAGUCUCUGCUCCAAGAAGGUGAUCCGCCAUCAGAGAAGGAGCGGCAUCGUCUGGCCCAGCGGCGGAAUGUCAUCAAGGAACUGGUCGACACGGAGGCUGUAUUUGUCCGCGACAUGAACAUUGUUGAAGAGAUCUAUAAGGGAACUGCCGAAGCCUGCCCACGCUUGGAUGACCAGACCGUGAAACUCAUCUUUCGCAACAGCCACGAAAUAAUAGAAUUUCACACGUCAUUUUUGGCUGAAGUUAAGGCUGCGACUGCUCCGGUUUAUGUUCCCAAAGGUGGCCGAGCCGCGAAAGGCCCCCAGCCACCGACGAGCGUUGAGCCGACAGGCACCAAGUCUGCUGUCAUCAGUGACGCCAACGAUCGUGAGACUGCGAUUGGCCCUGUUUUCCAGCGUCAUCUCGAUCGAAUGAAGACGGUUCAUGAAGGGUUCCUACGGAAUAGUGAUCAGGCUGCAAAGAAGCUCAUCCAAAUCCAGCAAGACUCCGCUGUCAAAGUCUGGCUGACAGAGUGCAACGAAGUGGCAAAAGAUCUGACGGCGGCCUGGGAUCUCGACUCUCUGCUAAUCAAGCCAAUGCAGAGAAUUACCAAGUACCCCAACCUGAUCAUGACUUUGCUUCAGCAUACUCCCCAGGAUCAUCCGGACCGAGAGCAUCUCGCUACAGCAAAAGACGCGCUGGAAACCGCCAUUGUCGAAAUCAACAAGACAAAGAAGAACUUUGAGCUAGUUGGUCAGAUUGUUGGCAGGAAGCACAAGGACACAGAUGUCAAGGCUGGCUUCGCUCGUGCUUUCGGCAAACGUGUUGAUAAGCUGCAGUCGUCCAGCAGUCGCGUUCCUGAUGAUCCAACCUACACGAAAUUGAACGAAAAGUUUGGCGAUGACUUUGUCCAACUGCAGGUCGUUCUUCGUGACGUUGAAUUUUAUACGAGACAGAUAUCUCAAUAUGUGCACGAAUUCCUGCAGUACCUGUCAUCUAUUGAGCUGGUCAUGAGACUGCAGCCUGGGAACUUUCCCGAAAUUGAAAGCAAAUGGGUUCAGUUCAACAUCUCGAUGCGAGAUUUGGAGAAGGUGGCGUUGGAGGAACAUCUCGCGCAAGUUCGAAAGCAAGUCAUUGAGCCAUUCGAGCAAGUCAUCAAGGCCUAUGGCAAUCCUUCGCUGGCGAUGAAGAAGCGACAGAAGCGACGUCUCGAUUACGAGCGAGCCGACCAGCAGCGACGCAGCGGCAAGAUACUAGAACCCAAGCUGAGGGAACUGGUUGAGCAGUACGAUGCUCUUAACGAUGCGCUGAUAGCCGAGCUUCCCAAGCUAUCCGCCAUGACCGAGAAGGUUGGCAAAAUCUGCCUCGGCAACUUUGUCAACAUCCAAGCCAGGUGGUAUAAGAUGUGGACGGAGAAGCUGAGUACGGUCCUUAGUGACGGCCCAGACGUUCCGACCAUUGAUGAUAUCGUUACUAUCUUCAACCGAGACUACCCAUACGCCGCUGAACAGCUUGCUUCCAUUGGCAUAUUGAAUCCUGACCUACAGAUACGGUCAUCACAGUCCACCGAGUAUCGACAACGGUACUCUGAAAUCGAACGCCGUGGACGUGGAUCUUCAGUCAAUGAUGAAAGUGUACCCACGUUACCGACUCCAGACUUUGGCAAGCGCAGCAGUGCAGGCAUUGCCAUGUCACCCAGCGCAGGCAGCUCUAGUAGUAAUGUGGCUGCAGCUACCAACCCGCAUCAAUACUACUACCGAGACUUUUAUGCCGGCAUUCAAGGACACGGCCCCAGUUCAGCUUCUCCCAAAUCUGGCGACAUGGGCGGAAGCUCGCGCUCUCACACAGGCACUGGCCAUACCUCUACACGCCCAAGUACUGGCAAGAGUUUUGACUCUGGCGCUAUGCAGCGAAAGAGUUCAGACAUGGCGUCUGUCCAGCGAUCGGACUCGAAUACGACGUACACGUCCAGCCAUGCGCAGCAAGAGAAUGUUAGAUUCUCCAACCUCUUCCACUCUGCACUCCCCUUGCCUGACGGUACAGAAGAAACUCAGAAAUCCUCACGCGCGUCAUCUCGCGAGAGGGGUCGAGGAUCGGACGGCUACAACAUACUAUGGCUUGCGGCUUCUCUGUUUGAGUUUAAUAUCGAAACAACCAAGCACGAAGCUGGUUAUCCCUAUCUAACAUACCAAGCUGGCGAGAUAUUCGACAUCAUUGCGGAGAAAGGGGAACUGUGGCUUGCCAAAAACCAAGACGACCCGACAGAAAUGACGAAUUUGUUGUUUUGA